AUGUACAAUUGGGAAGGAUAUGCUGAGCUUGGGCAGAAGGUGAAACAGCAUGGGCUAAAGAUUCAAGUGGUUAUGUCCUUUCAUCAGUGUGGAGGAAACGUUGGAGAUUCUUGCAGCAUUCCCCUACCUCCUUGGGUGCUUGAAGAGAUAGGCAAGAACCCAGACCUUGUCUACACCAACAGAUCAGGACGUAGGAAUCCCGAGUACAUCUCCUUGGGAUGUGAAUCAUUGGAUGUGCUAAGGGGAAGAACUCCAAUACAAGUCUACACAGAUUACAUGAGAAGCUUCUGCAACAGAUUCAGAGAUGACAUUGGAGAAGUUAAUGUGGCAAUCCAAGUCGGAAUGGGCCCGUGUGGAGAACUGAGAUACCCAGCAUAUCCAGAAAGCAAUGGCACAUGGAGAUUCCCAGGAAUUAGGGAAUUUCAAUGCUAUGACAAGUAUAUGAAAGCUUCACUGAAAGCAUCAGCUGAAGCACUAGGAAACCCAGCCUGGGGGCAAGACGGACCCCAUGAUUCUGGCGAGUACAAUCAAUUUCCUGAAGAUACUGGGUUCUUCAGAAAUGACGGGACAUGGAACACAGAAUAUGAACAGUUCUUCCUAGAGUGGUACUCUGAAAAGCUACUACAGCAUGGAGACAACAUCCUAUCCGCUGCCGAAGUGAUAUUCAAAGGAACCGGAGCAAAGCUAUCAGGAAAAGUUGUUGGAAUCCAUUGGCAUUACAGAACAAGCAAACAUGGAGUUGCGCUCAACUUCACAUGCAUGGAAAUGAGAGACUGUGAGCAGCCAGAAAAUGCAAACUGCUCGCCACAAGGAUUAGUCCAUCAAGUAAAGAUGGCAACAAAGACAGCCGACACGGAACUUGCCGGCGAGAAUGCAUUGGAAAGGUAUGAUGCAGCUGCAUUCGGGCAAGUUUUGGCGACGGGUACAACGGCAGCAUGCAGUGGAUUGAGCGCAUUUACUUAUCUAAGAUUGAAUAAGAGGCUGUUCGAAGAAGAUAACUGGAGGCACAUGGUGGAGUUCGUAAAAGGCAUGUCGGAAGGUGGUCGGAUCAGGCGAUUGCCAGAGUCCGACACUCUGAGAAGUGAUCUCUACAUUGGCCUUGUCACCGACAGGAGUAUCAGGAAAACAAAAGAAAUUAUCCUUGUAUGA